AUGGAAUCUCAAGAACCAAAAACUCCUGAUAUGACAUUUGUCGCCGUCGGAGACAUGAAUACCGGCAAAACAGCAAUGAUUCUAAAAUACACACACCGUAGUCUGCCAGAAACAUAUACACCUACGGUUUUAGAUAAUUAUUUAGCUGAAAUUGAAAUAAAAAGCCUACCAAUAACGAUAGAAUUAUGCGAUAUUGGAGGAGCUCAAAGACACCAGAAACUAAGAAUCCUCUCCUAUGCCAAGGCAAAAGUUUUCUUGCUUUGCUUUUCACUAGUCAAUCCAGGUUCAUUUUUAUCAGUAAGAAAUAAUUGGCAUCGAGAGAUCAAAUCUCAUUCGCCCAACACUCCAAUAAUUCUGGUUGGUACAAACAAAGAUCUAGUUGAUAAUCAAGAAGUAAGAGAAAAACUUAGCCGAACAAAUGAAUCCGUUGUGACUGAUGAGGAAGCAAAAAAACUUGCAGAUGAAUUGGGAUAUCAAGGAUAUUUACCCUGCUCCUCACAAUUAAAUAUGGAAUGUAUGAGUUAGGGGUACAGUCCCUAUACUUGUCCUAGUGAGGGGAAGUUCAUUCUUUCUGAAGGAAAUCAGCGUUGGGACUGCUCCGACAGCCCCAAGUGUACUUGAAUCACAUUCAAGAAACAAAGAGAGACUCGUCCGGGCCAUAGGCGUCUGUAACGGUUCGACGGUUAGGCCGAUUCCACCUACCGUUGUUCAGAGCUGUUCGCUAGUGGAUGGAAUUCAUGGAGGAAGAGCUUGUAUUGCUAGAUCCUAAGCUAAGUGGGGGUCGACAAAGAGUUAUCGUAAUCUUAAAUCUUACCCUGCUCCUCAAUUACUGGCGAGGGGAUACGGAGGGUAUUUGAUGAGGCUAUUAAGCUCGCAAUUUAUGAUAAAAUACAUGCAACAGGGAAGAAAAAAGAAAAAUGCAUAAUCUGGUAA